ACAGUUCGUAAUCUGCGAAAAAAAUCGCCAUUAAAGAGCAGAGAAGAAUCGAUUGAAGUUUUGUGAUUCGAUGUCGUUUCGAGAGAAGAUGCCGACGAGUCCCAAAUCGCCGCUGAGAAAGAGACGCUCGAGCUGGACCGGGUCAUGGCUGAACCACCCGACGACGUCUUUCAAGCAAGUAGUCUCCGCCGUUAUUCAGGCUCAAUCGCCGAGAUCCAGGUCCAAAUCCCUAUCUUCCGAUUUCGAUUUCACCGAUAUCGAUCGAACACUCUCCUUGCCCGACUCUCUCCUCCUCAAGAUCCUCCAAAAGCUUCCCGAUUCCCAAAAAAACGAUUUGUCUCUUGUAUGCAAACGCUGGUUGAAAAUCCAGGGACGACGUCUACGGUCUGUCAAGCUUUUCGAUUGGGAUUUUCUCUUGUCCGGGAAGCUCGUCUCUAGGUUUCCCAAGCUCACGAACGUUGAUCUGACGAGCGCGUGUUUGAAUCCGCCGCGAAAAAACUCGGGUAUUUUGCUAUGUCACAAGUCGAUUUCGUUUCAUAUUUCUUCGGAUUCGUCGAAUUGGGAUUUCGUCGAGGAGAAUCUGUUGAACAGCGAAAUGGUUGAUAGAGGGCUUAGGGUUUUAGGAAGAGGGAGCUGUGAUUUACUCAAGCUCGUACUGAUUAACGCUACUGAAUUGGGAUUGCUUUGUUUAGCUGAGGACUGUUCUGAUUUGCAAGAGCUGGAAUUGCACAAGUGCAACGAUAAUCUCUUGCGUGGAAUCGCUGCUUUCGAGAAUCUGAGAGCCUUGAGAUUGGUUGCGAGCGUAGACGGGCUGUAUAACUCAUCGGUUUCCGAUAUAGGCUUGACGAUUCUAGCACAAGGGUGUAAGAGGCUGGUGAAGCUGGAGCUUAGUGGUUGUGAAGGUAGCUUCGAUGGGGUUAAAGCGAUUGGGCAAUGCUGUGAAGUGCUUGAUGAACUGACCAUUUGUGAUCAUAGAAUGGAUAAUGGUUGGAUACCUGCGCUUUCGUACUUUGAGAAUCUGAAGACGCUGAGAGUUUCGUCGUGUAAGAAGAUGGAUCCUAGCCCUGGACCGGAUAAGCUGCUUGGAUCUUGUCCGGCUCUGGAGAGUUUGCUUCUCGAGAGGUGUUGUUUGAAUGACAAGGACGGGAUGAGAGCUUUGUUUAAGGUCUGUGAUGGAGCAAGAAAGAUUCAUAUUCAGGAUUGUUGGGGAUUGGAUGAUGAUUCUUUCAGCUUGGCUAAAGCUUUCAGGAGGGUUCGGUUUCUGUCUUUGGAAGGAUGCUCGGUCUUAACAACAAGCGGUUUAGAGUCAGUGAUUCUGCAUUGGGAAGAGCUUGAGAGCAUGAGAGUCGUGUCAUGUAAGAACAUAAAAGACAGCGAGAUUUCACCGGCGCUCUCGUCUUUGUUCUCCCUUCUCAAAGAACUGACGUGGAGACCAGACACAAGGUCUCAUCUUUCAUCGAGACUCGAAGGUGCCGGAAUCGGAAAGAGAGGCAGCAAAUUCUUCAAGAAGAGAUGAUGCAUUGAGUGUAAAAUCUUAUUAUAGUUAUGGUAACCCUGAAAAACUCUUUGAUAUAGACAAACACAAACUCUUAGUUAUAUUUAUCUUCUUUCUUGGGCCCAUUAUUAUUACUCUGUUGUACAAUUAGCCUUUGGUGAUAACAAAUUUGUAGUCAUAUAUAUGUUCAGGAAAAAAACUCUUAUG